GGAUUAGCUGUCAGGCUGGAGCCAAAGAGCUACACAUUAAUGGCGAUGCGGGACGUUUAAGCAGCGAUACGGGACUGUGGGUUUUAUUAAGAAAAUCAAGUGCCCCACGAAAAGUGAGGCUGUUGGGCAGUAUGCGGCUGGGGGUUCCACAUGUACGCAUACAAGAAUAAUGCAAUUUUAUGACAUCUAAAACUUUAUUUGAGAAGGAAGACGCAGUUACGUAAUCAUGCCGCCAAGACCUUCCUCUGGUGAACUAUGGGGCAUCCAUUUGAUGCCCCCAAGAAUUCUAGUGGAAUGCCUAUUACCAAAUGGAAUGGUGGUGGUUUUAGAAUGUCUUCGCGAAGCGACCCUUGUGAAUAUCAAACAUGAGCUCUUUAAAGAGGCCCGAAAGUACCCACUUUACCAUCUACUCCAAGAUGAGUCCUCUUAUAUUUUUGUGAGUGUUACCCAGGAAGCAGAAAGAGAAGAAUUUUUUGACGAGACCCGCCGCCUCUGUGAUCUUCGACUGUUCCAACCUUUCUUGAAAGUAGUUGAGCCUGUUGGAAACAGAGAAGAGAAAAUACUUAAUCGAGAAAUCGGCUUUGCCAUUGGAAUGCCAGUUUGCGAAUUUGAUAUGGUAAAGGAUUCAGAGGUUCAGGAUUUUAGAAAAAAUAUCCUUAAUGUUUGUAAAGAUUCAGUUGAACUUCGUGAUGCUAAUGGACCGAUCAGCAGAGCAUUGUAUGUUUACCCACCUAAUGUAGAGUCCUCUUCAGAGCUUCCCAAACACAUAGAAAGCAAGCUAGAUAAAGGGCAAAUAAUUGUGGUCAUAUGGGUCAUUGUAUCUCCUAACAAUGAAAAGCAGAAGUAUUCUUUGAAGAUAAACCAUGAUUGUGUGCCAGAACAUGUAAUAGCUGAAGCUAUCAGGAAGAAAACAAGGAGCAUGCUACUGUCGUCAGAACAGCUAAAGCUUUGCGUUCUAGAGUACCAAGGAAAAUACAUCUUGAAAGUUUGUGGAUGUGAUGAGUAUUUGUUGGAAAAGUAUCCAUUGAGUCAGUAUAAGUAUAUAAGAAGCUGUAUAAUGCUUGGUCGGAUGCCUAAUUUAAUGUUAAUGGCUAAAGAUAGCCUGUACAGUCAAAUUCCAGUGGAUGUAUUUACAAUGCCAUCGUAUUCAAGGAGGAUUUCCACAGCAGCACCAUACAUGAACGGAGAAGCUUCAGCCAAGUCAUUGUGGGCAAUCAACAGUACUCUUAGAAUAAAAAUCCUUUGUGCCACAUAUGUCAAUGUAAACAUUCGAGACAUUGAUAAGAUUUAUGUUCGAACUGGCAUCUAUCAUGGAGUUGAGCCAUUAUGUGACAAUGUUAACACUCAGAGGGUGCCUUGUUCAAAUCCAAGAUGGAAUGAAUGGCUUUUAUAUGAUAUGUUCAUUCCUGAUUUACCCCGAGCUGCGCGGCUUUGCCUCUCCAUCUGCUCCGUAAAGGGAAGGAAGGGUGCCAAAGAAGAGCACUGCCCUUUAGCUUGGGGAAACAUAAACCUGUUUGACUACACAGAUACUCUGGUGUCUGGCAAAAUGGCUCUAAAUUUGUGGCCUGUACCUCAUGGGCUAGAGGACUUGUUAAAUCCUAUUGGAGUGAGUGGCUCCAAUCCUAAUAAGGAAACGCCCUGUUUGGAACUAGAAUUUGACUGUUUCAGUAGCCCGGUCAAAUUUCCUGAUAUGACGGCAAUAGAAGAUCAUGCAAAUAAAGUUCUGGAACGAGAAAUGGGCUAUAAUUACAGCCAUUCUGGACUGAGUAACAGAAUUGUUAGAGAAAAUGAAGUAAGAGAAAGUGACAAAGAGCAGCUCAAAGCCAUUUCUAAUCGUGACCCUCUUUCUGAAAUUACUGAACAAGAAAAAGAAUUCCUUUGGAGCCACAGACUUUAUUGUCGAAAUAUACCUGAAAUUCUUCCUAAGCUGCUUCUGUCUGUGAAAUGGAAUUGCAGAGAUGAUGUUUCACAGAUGUAUUGUCUUUUAAAAGAGUGGCCUGCCAUCCGGCCAGAACAAGCAAUGGAACUGUUGGAUUUUAAUUACCCAGAUCGGAUUGUAAGAUCAUUUGCGGUUUCUUGCCUUGAGAAGUAUUUGACAGAUGAUAAGCUGUCGCAGUAUUUGAUUCAACUUGUGCAGGUUAUGAAAUAUGAGCAGUACUUGGACAACCAUCUAGUUAGAUUUCUGCUGAAAAAGGCUCUGGUCAAUCAAAGAAUAGGACAUUUCUUUUUCUGGCAUUUAAAGUCAGAAAUGCACAACAAAACUGUCAGCCAAAGGUUUGGUCUUUUGCUGGAAUCCUAUUGCCGUGCAUGUGGAAUGUAUUUAAAGCAUUUAAGUAAGCAGGUGGAAGCUAUGGAAAAACUGAUCAACCUCACAGAUAUUCUAAAGCAGGAGAAGAAGGAUGAGACACAAAAGGUGCAAAUGAAGUUCCUGGUUGAACAAAUGAAGCGGCCAGAUUUUAUGGAUGCAUUGCAAGGAUUUACGUCUCCUCUGAAUCCUGCUCACCAGUUGGGAAACCUCAGGCUUGAAGAAUGCAGGAUAAUGUCAUCUGCAAAAAGACCACUGUGGUUAAACUGGGAAAAUCCAGAUAUUAUGUCAGAGAUGCUGUUUUUGAAUAAUGAGAUCAUCUUUAAAAAUGGCGAUGAUUUACGACAAGAUAUGCUCACGCUUCAGAUCAUAAGAAUCAUGGAAAACAUUUGGCAAAAUCAGGGCCUUGAUUUACGGAUGUUGCCGUAUGGUUGCCUGUCAAUCGGGGAUUGUGUUGGACUUAUUGAAGUAGUAAGGUGUUCACAUACCAUUAUGCAGAUUCAAUGCAAAGGAGGUUUGAAAGGAGCAUUGCAGUUCAACAGUCACACAUUGCACCAGUGGCUCAAGGAUAAAAACAAGGGUGAAACGUAUGAUGCUGCCAUUGAUCUAUUCACUCGAUCGUGCGCUGGUUACUGUGUUGCAACUUUUAUUCUUGGAAUAGGUGAUCGCCAUAACAGUAACAUUAUGGUUAAAGACAAUGGGCAACUGUUUCACAUAGAUUUUGGCCACUUUCUGGAUCACAAAAAGAAGAAAUUUGGCUAUAAACGUGAAAGGGUACCGUUUGUCUUGACUCAAGAUUUUCUGAUUGUGAUCAGCAAGGGAAUUCAAGAAUGCACGAAAACCAGGGAUUUUGAGAGAUUUCAAGAGAUGUGUUACAAAGCUUACUUAGCAAUCCGUCAGCAUGCCAACCUUUUCAUCAACUUGUUCUCUAUGAUGCUUGGCUCUGGAAUGCCUGAACUGCAAUCUUUUGAUGAUAUUGCAUAUAUUCGAAAAACAUUAGCAUUGGAUAAAACUGAACAAGAGGCUUUGGAAUACUUCAUGAAGCAGAUGAAUGACGCACAUCAUGGUGGCUGGACAACAAAAAUGGACUGGAUCUUCCAUACAAUAAAGCAUCUUUAAACCGAA